AUGUCUGAUUUUGAACUUCUUCUUUCGUCUUAUUGCCCUCAUAUCUUUAUUCUUACUGGUGUAGGAAAACAAAUACGUACAUUGAUACCUGUUCCUAAUUACAAAUGGUUCUGUCAAGAAGGUAGUAACAGUUAUGGCGGUGUCGCUAUACUUGUUCAUCAAAAACUACAAUGCUCUAUUGAGGAUAAGGCUGAAAAUUUUAUUCUUCUUAGAAUUACACUUUUAAAUGAGAAAAUUUACAUUGGUGGAGUCUAUUCACCACCUAAUUGUAAUCCACUUCUUGAGAUUUUUGAUAUGCAUAAAGAUAAGAAAAUGUAUUUAUUUGGAGAUUUUAAUGCGAAGCAUUCUCAAUGGAAUUGUGAAAACAGUAACGUUAGUGGUAAUAAAUUAAUUGAGUGGUUAAAUGGAAAUGGUUUCGAGGUAGAAAUAAGGACAAUUGGCACGUUGAAAGGUUAG